UUGUUCCUACAGAUUCAAGGCCGAGUUACGCGGGUGACGGAAAGCCUUUAGGCGGUUAUCGGAAAGCUACGCCGUCUGCAGUCCCGAUGAAAGCUGAAGCCAUCGCAUUGAACUGGCCUUUGAGAGAGCCAGAUCGGAGUCCACGCAAGCAGAGAAUAAGCAUCUGCUUUGAUGUCGCUUUCGACCCAAGGGCGAGCAAGGGAGUGACUGUACCCUACGAUAUCGAUAUCGCUCACAGAAGAGACAUGUCACACACCGACAUACGAUUGCCCGCGUCGACGCACUGUAUUCUCACUGAAAUGCGAAUUUUUAUAGACUCUGAAGAGUUCAGAUGUUGGCCGAUCAGAGUGAAGCGCAAAGAGGGGAUUAGAUGUCUUGACGUCUAUGAAGCCAUAUAUAAAACGCUUCAACACCGCUUGACGGACGAUGAUGUCCGGACUUUUGGUGAGGCUCGUAUUCAGCGGUGUUGGAACUAUUGCCUACAGCGCUGCAUCGAUUCGCCAGGGUUACCGGAAUACAAUAAACAACGUGGUAUUCGACGUGUUGAUCUUCUGCGAGGACGACGUUUUUUUCGUGGUUUGGUGCAAUCGGGCGACGAUUGGAUUCUACACCUGGAUGAUUAUUCCGGGUCUUCACGACAUUAAUGAAUUUGCAUCCCAUCAUAUCGCAUCUAUUCUCUUGUACCACUUUAAUUUCCUACUAUGCUAACCUUUUAUUCUCACCACAAUCUUUACUCACUAU